AUGGCGGUGCUCCAGCUGACCGCUUUUGGCCUAGCUCUCCUGUCUGCCCUCUUCCUGGUCACAGCCACCUGGACUGAUUGCUGGAUGGUUAAUACUGAUGACAGCUUGGAGGUCAGUCACAAAUGCCGGGGGCUGUGGAGGGAAUGUGUCACCAACAUGCAGGACGGCAUCAAGACCUGCGACCAGUAUGAUUCCAUUUUAGCAGAUCACCCGCUGAAAAUCGUGGUGACGCGGGCCCUGCUGAUCUCGGCCGACCUGUUGGCCGGCUUUGCUCUGCUAACGCUGCUGUUCGGUCUCGACUGCGUGACGUUUCUGAAGGAGGAGCCCCACGUCAAACUGAAGCUGUGCUACAUGGCUGGUCUCGUUCUCGGGACUGGAAGCAUCCUCGGCCUGGUGGGCUCGGUGUGGUACGCGGUGGACGUCUACAUGGAAAGAGCCACCCUGGUAUCGCGCAACGUGUUCCUGGGGGUGCACUACGACUUCGGCUGGUCGUGCUGGCUGGGCAUGGCCGGGGCGAUGGGCUGCCUCGUGGCCUCCGUCGUUCUCACCUGCUGCCUGAACACGUUCACAGACGAAGGAUCCUCCAGGAGACCUCAAAGGCCUGUUUUCCACUGUGGGAGAACUGCCACGGGCAAGAUGUAUGCAAUGGACUCCCGUGUGUAAUGCAGCAGCAGUGCGAUCUACCAGGCUGCCUGCUGUCAGUCCCAAGCCAUGCUGCAUUAAAGAGCCAAAGGAAGAGUCUGCUGUGCAGCAGCAGCAACUCCUUCCCCUUGGCUUUUAUUGAAGAGGGAAGGCAUCAUGUUAGGCUCCAUCCCGGCAGGGUGUCCUCUGGCCAGGCACAGUUAUCACUCACUCUUCAAGAACAUAAAUUAUCCUGAAACAGUGAUGAAAGCUGUACUAAGGAGGUGGGAGCAUAGCAUAGGUUACUUCUGCAUGUCUCUAGGGUAGUGUAGAGUGAUACUAGCAUCAUGUGAUGAGAUGCUCAGCGAAAUAAAGGUCUGUUCUGUGUAGU